AUGGAAAACAGUUUAAUUAAGGACAAGCCAGCCUCAGGUAAUUUCUUCCCACCACAAUGGCGACGACGACGAUACUUGGUAUCAUUGGUGAUAGCUUUUCUCCUCUUCUGGAGGUUUCUGACGCCAUCGAGUCAUUCGAGUGGCCUUUCGCUUGCCCAUCCAGGUCUAGGCGGCAAGGUAGACUGGUCGAGCUAUGCAUACUCACAGUACGCCACAAACCAGCACUACCUCUGCAACAGCUUGAUGGUCUUCGAUUCACUUCAGAAGCUCAAAUCGCCUGCAGGCCGUCUGCUCUUCUACCCUAAAACAUGGGAUACAGACGUCAGCUCCAGCAAGGAUCGUACCUCGCAAUUACUGGUUCUCGCACGCGACAAGUACCACGUCAAGCUCCGUCCAGUCGAAAUGUACACGGUAAAGCGCGAAACACAAGACGACGAAGAAACCUGGGACGCCAGCAUCAAUAAACUGCACGCCUGGAAUCAGGGAGAAUAUCAUCGCAUAAUCCACCUAGAUUCAGACAUCACUCUCCGCCAAAACAUCGACGAGCUCUUCUUCCUCCCCCUCUCCCGCGGCUCGCCCAUCGCCAUGCCCCGCGCAUACUGGAAACUCGACGAACCCACCCACCAAGGCGGUGGACCAAAACUCACCUCCCUCCUCAUCGUCCUUGAGCCAACCCCCCACGAAGCCGGAACCCUCUGGGGCCUAGCAUCCGGCCUCUCCGUCAACAACACCAUCUCCACCUCUCCCACCACCUCCCUCUUCGACAUGGAACUCCUCAACUCCCAGUACUCCCACACAGCCCUCACCCUUCCCCACCGCCCCUACGCCCUCAUCACAGGUGAGUUCCGCCGCACCUCACCCACCAACCACACAACCUACCUCGGCAACACUCACGAAUCCUUCUCCGCCGCCUCCAUCCUCGCAGAAGCCAAACUCGUCCACUUCAGUGACUGGCCCCUCCCUAAACCCUGGAUCAUGUGGCCGAAUAACCUGAUGCGAGAGAUCCGGCCAGAAUGUGAGAUUGAUAAUAACACGCCGAGUGAGAGGGGGUGUGAGAAUAGGAAGGUGUGGAUGGAGUUGUAUGAUGAUUUUCGCAGGAGGAGGAAGGAGGUGUGUAUGUUAUUGAGUGUGCCGGCGCCGGAGUGGCCGCCGAGACUGAAAACGACAGAACGAAAGGGAGGCGGCAUGGGUGAGUGA